GUCGUCGUGUAUUGGAGCUGCAUUAGGUGCGCGCAUGUAUACCGUAUACUCCGCUUCAAUCUCUCCGUCCAAACUGGGUGCCAAUUAAUCAUCUGAAGAUCUCCAGCUAGCUCGAGCUAGGGAACAAUCCCGAUUCCUGAGAGAGUUCGAUGGAGUUUGGCGUGGCCCUGUUCGGCGCGUUAGUGACCAACGCCCUGCCGAAGCUGCUGGCGAUGAUGGAGAAGAACAAGGGACACCCUUCGCCGCUCAGGGAAAACGUUCGGUCCAUCCACGAGAACCUCGGGCUGAUCCAGGCUGCCAUUCGAACUAUUAACGUUUCCUCGAUCGGCAGAAAUGUCACUGAGCUGCAGGCGGUCGGGAUCGCGCAGCUGGGACGCCUGGCCGCCGACAUCGAAGACUGCAUAGAUUGCUUCCACAUUGGGAAGAUGAGCCCCAAAGACUUCUCCCGGAAGAUCGAGCAGCUCAAGGGGAGAACAAAGGAGAAGCACGAGGAGUUACAGAGGUCCAUCAAGACGGCGAAUGAGAUCACCGCUGGGCCAGCGACCUCCUCUGCAACUCAUCCGGCUGUCGGUGCUGCUGCUUCUGCUGCUGUUCCCCGGCAGCUUCAGGUGCUUCUCGGCAACACCACCGGCUCUAUGCCUUCUAAUCUCAACUGCUUGCUGUAUUUCUGCAUGUUCCCUUGUGAUCACCAUGUCGAGAGGAACUCUCUGAUACGGCGGUGGCUGGCCGAAGGGCUCGUGAUCGCCGAACGAGACGAUCGCAGCAGUCUCCAGGAUGUCGCGGCGCGGUACCUGGAGACCCUCAUCACCAACAAGAUCAUCCUGCCGAUUAAAGAGAGCAACAACGGGAAGGUGAAGCGGUCCGAGACCCCCGAAGAGAUUCUCGAGUACAUUUCCCGGCAGUCCAGGUCCACGAAUUUCAUGACCUUCUAUGGCGACAGGGAAGAAGGGAUGGGGUAUAUCCGAAGGCUUUCUGUCCGUCCCAACAGUGCUGCUGGGAAUGGGGUGCUCAACGUGCCCCAUGAGUUCUGUUAUGUCCGGACUCUGGCCGUGUUUCCUGCCGAGGAACCAGGAAAUUAUGACGAUGUCCUCGACUUUCCAAAGUAUGAGGUGCUUCGGUUGUUGGAUCUGAAAGAAUGUGCUCAUGUGGGUGACGAUCAUCUCAGAGCCAUAUGCGACCUGCUGAUGCUGAAAUACCUCAGCCUCGGGAGCAGCAUCGUCCGUGUUCCGAGGAGAGUGGAGAAACUGAAGAUGUUGGAGACAGUCGACCUGGGCAAAACCGUAGUGGUUACCGUUUACUCUGAAAUCCUUGAGCUGCCCUAUUUGAGACACCUCCUUGGGAAGCUUCACCUGUGUACAGAUGACAUCUGGUUGUGGAGGAAGGAUAACCUACGAAAGUUCUUGUCCAAAGAUAGUAGGCUGGAGACGCUUUCAGGAUUUGUCACCGGCAAGAGCAAAGGGUUCAUAAAGCUCAUGAGGCACAUGAAGCGGUUGAAGAAGGUCAAGAUAUGGUGUGAUUCUGCUACAGACAAAGCUAACCUGAAGAAACUCAGACAAUGCAUCGAGAUAUUCAUUGGGGAAGGCGUUGGUCGCUCCCUAUGCAUCGACUUCCAGGAAUCCUCCGGCCAAUUCCUGGAAUCUCUCCAAGCUCCCGGCAGCCGACCUUCUCCCGGCAGCAUUGCGUCGCUCAAGCUGCGAGGCAAGCUGCCCAAAUUCCCAGACUUUAUUGGACAGAUGACAGGUAUCAAGCAGGUCUGUCUUUCAAUGACUAAUCUGAGCGGGGAUGAGAUUAUAGGCGGCCUGAGCACUUUGACUAUACUGGAAUACCUGAAGCUGGUGGAACAAAACCUGGAACCUCUGGUCAUCAGACCUGCGCAAUUCCCAAUCCUGAAGAGGAUAUGCCUUGUGGGCGUUACAAGUCUCGGCAUAGAAAUCAAAGCUAUGGCUCUCCCUGCGCUUGUCUCACUGCAUUUGAUCUGUGAAACUCUUGGUGCUCAUCCUGGGACUCCUAGCGUCGAGAUCAUGCACAUGGCAGAACUAAAGGAAAUCGGGCUACAUUCUGCACUCUCGCUCAAUGCAGUCAUAAGGGGCAGAUGGGAAGCAGCUGCAGGGGGGCAUCCGAACACACCCAAGCCUUUGGUUUCAUUCAUUACAUGCCCCUAAUGUGUAUCAUCCCUCUUCGCUUAUAGCGGCAUCAAGUGCAAAGAGUUGCAACCAUUAACCAUUAAUGGAGACACCUCUGGCUUCGCUUCACGAUCCUCUCGCGCAUGAAUUCAAAGGAUGAACCAUCUGGAUGUACGGUCCAAGUUUCUAUGUCGUGUUUUUUUUCCCUUAUGGUCAAUAAGUUACCAUGUUGUUAUCAACUGAUUUGCCAUUUUCAAUAAAAAAAAUUGCUCCGUAUUGUUAA